UGUCUAUAUAAGUAUGCAACCAACAUAACUUCUCUUUUGUAUUUUCCUCUCGUUCGCAUUUACAUCUGAUUCUAAGUGUUUAUAGUUUUUCUCUCUCUUAAUUAUCCUUUCACCCCCAUCUCUAAUCUUAAGGCUUCUCUUUUUGUAUCUCUUCCAACAAAACUUUGGUCCAGAAGAAGUCAUGACAGCUGAGGAUCGGACAAUUUCAAGUAGUGGAGGAUAUGUCCAAAGCUCAUCAACAACUGGUCAUGUUGAUCAUCAUCAUGAGCUUGAAUCCUUUAAUCCUCCUCCUGCUAAGAAGAAAAGAAACCUCCCUGGAAACCCUGAUCCAGAAGCCGAAGUCAUAGCUCUAUCCCCAACGACGCUUAUGGCCACAAACCGCUUCCUCUGUGAGAUAUGUAGAAAAGGUUUCCAAAGAGACCAGAAUCUACAGCUUCACCGUCGAGGACACAACCUCCCAUGGAAACUAAAGCAGAGGACCACCAAAGAAGUACGGAAACGAGUGUAUGUGUGUCCAGAGAAGAGUUGCGUUCAUCACCAUCCGACAAGGGCACUAGGUGACCUUACAGGAAUCAAGAAACAUUUUUGUCGGAAACAUGGAGAGAAGAAGUGGAAGUGCGAGAAAUGCUCCAAGAGAUAUGCAGUUCAAUCCGAUUGGAAGGCUCAUUCAAAGACCUGUGGGACUAGAGAGUAUAGAUGUGACUGUGGUACAAUUUUCUCCAGGAGAGACAGCUUUAUCACGCAUAGAGCAUUUUGCGACGCCUUAGCAGAAGAAACCGCUAGGCUAAACGCAGCUUCUCAUCUCAAAAGCCUUACCAGUAAUAACCUAAACUACCAUUAUCUCAUGGGCACACUUAUACCAUCACCACCACCAUUUCCAUUCGGACCACCACAGCCACUGCAACAGCACCACUUCCCUAUAACGACCAACACUUUCGAUCAUCAUCAUCAUGACGUCAUGAAACCUGCUUCUUCGCUCUCCCUAUGGAUGGGAGGAAACAACAAUCAUCAUCAAGUGACCGUAGACGAAGGUAUCGCACCGCAAGAGGAUUACAAUUGGGUUUUCGGGAACGCAAAUAAUCGCGGCGAGUUAAUAACGACUAGCGAUUCACUUAUCACUCAUGAAAAUAUCAACAUAGUUUCGAGUAAGGAAAACGCAAACGCGGCUACUUCACUUUCCGUGCCUUCUCUUUUUAGCAGCGUCGACCACAUCACACAAGACGCAAACGCAGCUUCCUCGGCGGUUGCGAACAUGUCAGCAACUGCAUUACUUCAAAAAGCGGCUCAGAUGGGCGUGACUUCUUCUACUCCGACGACGAUCACCACCAAACAAUCCACGUUUCAUCAGACUGUAGAAGAAGGUGGCAGCGAUAAGUUCUUCGCUUUGUUUGGACCGAACAGCGUCGGUUUAAUGAGUAACAAUGGUCUUCAACACGAGAUCGAGAACCCUAGAAGUGGCGUUACGGUAGCCUCGGGGAUUGAUGAGUUACAAAACUACCCCUUGAAACGUAGAAGAGUUGAGAGUGUGGAUGCAGGAGGAGGAGGGCAAACUCGAGAUUUCCUAGGAGUUGGUGUACAAACAAUGUGCCAUCAUUCAUCCUCUAUCAAUGGAUGGAUUUGAAACACUUGUAAUGAAUUUGCUUUUUUGAAUUUUUUCAAGCAGUCAAGAGCUUAUAAAAGCUGUUAUUUCGUUCAUUAAUUCAAAGAUUUUAGAUA